AUGCAUAUGAAUCAGUUUAUUAACCCCUAUAUAUAUCCUCCUCCAUCCUAUCUGUCCUUCCUCCCCCUCCACUCCUCGAUUCACGGAGCAACAACCAACCACCGCCCACCACCACCAUACGCCACCGGAUUCAGGAUGAAUCAACCAGCAAGAAGAUACAUAAUCACAGCUUCAGAAGCUGAAUCAAUGGCGAGAUCUAAAGGUCUCACUGUCCCUCAACUCCUCCCAUCGCUCGUUAAAUCUGCUCAAGAUCUCGCUCGUACACCCAUUUCGAAAUUCGACGUUGGGGUCGUCGGAUUAAGCUCCGAUGGUCGGAUAUUCUUCGGUGGCAACAUCGAGUUCCCUGGUCUUCCCCUCCACCAUUCCAUCCACGCUGAACAGUUCCUUAUCACCAAUCUCGCUGCACACGGCGGCGGUCCUAAACUACUGAACAUAGCCGUGUCCGCCGCUCCUUGUGGUCAUUGCCGGCAGUUCCUCCAAGAACUCCGGGGAGUUUCCAAAACCCAGAUCAUAGUCACAGAUCAACCUCUAGAAAACCCCGAUUACAAACCGAUUUCAUCGAUCUUACCUGACCCGUUUGGCCCUUUUGAUUUAUUAGAUCAAGAAACGCCUCUAAUUCUUGAGAAACAUAGCAACAAGUUGUCUCUCAAAGAUGACUCCUCGAUUACCCAAAACGGAAAGACACCGAAUUUAUCAAAUGGGUAUCACGAAUUGAUUGAAAAGAACGAGGAAACUCUUAUAACAGAGGCUCUGGAGGCGGCGCGUGGUUCACACGCGCCCUACAGUGGAUGUCCGUCGGGUGUGGCAUUGAUGGAUUGUGAAGGGAAAGUGUACAAGGGAUCCUACAUGGAGUCUGCGGCGUAUAACCCGAGUAUGAUGCCAGUGCAGGCGGCGCUGGUGGCGUACAUGGUUGCCGGCGGUGGUGGGUAUGAAAGGAUAGUGGCGGCGGUACUGGUGGAGAAGGAGGAAGUGCUGGUGAAACAAGAGGAUACGGCUAGGUUGAUGUUGAAAUAUAUCUCACCAAAAUGCGAGUUUAGAGUUCUUCAUUGUAUUUGA